GAGCCUGAGAGAAAGGAGAGAGAGAGUGUGUGUGUGUGAGAGAGAGAGAGAGAGAGAGAGAGAGAAAAGAAAGGGCGAGGGGCUAGUGGAGAAGUGAGGAGGGGCGUGCGGCGCGAGGCGGAGAGAGGGCUAGCAGUCGCUGCUCCGGCGCUCACAUUCCUCUAUGCUACAAAUCCGGGAGGAAGUUUUUUUGGGGAGCUGAGAUGCUCCAUGCCUUUCCCUGGGCAGCCUUGACGCGGGGUCCUCUCGGCAGAGACUGAGCGGCGAGAAAGUGCUAGCCGGGCCGGCAGGGUCUGCUCGGCGGGCGCCGGAGCCCGCCUUGCUCGCGGCCCGCAGCAGUCAGGCUUCCCCGCGCUUAGCCGGGCGGGCGCCCCGGCGCGCCGCGCCGCUGCCUGCGGGCUAGGACUUCGCGAGGUGGGUCGACUCCUCCUCCCUCCUCUUCUUCUUCCUCCUCUUCCUCCGCCUCCCGUUCCUCCUCCUCCACUACCUCCUCCUCCUCCUCCUCCUAAUUUUCCCUCCUCGGCGGGCGAGGGUGGGGGGGGGCGGGGGAGGCCGGGGCUCGCCCCGAGCAGCCACGAUGCUCCUGGACGCCGGCCCCCAGUACCCCGCGAUCGGCGUGACCACCUUUGGCGCGUCCCGCCACCACUCGGCGGGCGACGUGGCCGAGCGCGACGUGGGCCUGGGCAUCAACCCGUUCGCCGACGGCAUGGGUGCCUUCAAGCUCAACCCCAGCUCGCACGAGCUGGCCUCCGCGGGCCAGACGGCCUUCACGUCUCAGGCUCCCGGCUACGCGGCUGCGGCGGCCCUGGGACAUCACCACCAUCCGGGCCACGUCGGCUCCUAUUCGAGCGCAGCCUUCAACUCCACGCGGGACUUUCUGUUCCGCAACCGGGGCUUCGGCGACGCGGCGGCUGCAGCCAGCGCGCAACACAGUCUGUUCGCUGCUUCAGCCGGGGGCUUCGGGGGCCCACACGGCCACACGGACGCCGCGGGCCACCUCCUCUUCCCCGGCCUUCACGAGCAGGCGGCGGGCCAUGCAUCGCCCAACGUGGUCAACGGGCAGAUGAGGCUUGGCUUCUCGGGGGACAUGUACCCGCGGCCCGAGCAGUAUGGCCAGGUGACCAGUCCGCGUUCAGAGCACUAUGCCGCGCCGCAGCUGCACGGCUACGGGCCCAUGAACGUGAACAUGGCCGCGCACCACGGCGCCGGCGCCUUCUUCCGCUACAUGCGCCAGCCCAUCAAACAGGAGCUCAUCUGCAAGUGGAUCGAGCCCGAGCAGCUGGCCAACCCCAAAAAGUCGUGCAACAAAACUUUCAGCACCAUGCACGAGCUGGUCACGCACGUCACCGUGGAGCACGUCGGAGGCCCCGAGCAGAGUAACCACAUCUGCUUCUGGGAGGAGUGUCCGCGCGAGGGCAAGCCCUUUAAAGCCAAAUACAAACUGGUCAACCACAUCCGCGUGCACACGGGCGAGAAGCCCUUCCCCUGCCCCUUCCCUGGCUGCGGCAAGGUCUUCGCCCGUUCUGAGAACUUAAAGAUCCACAAAAGGACGCACACAGGGGAGAAGCCCUUCAAGUGCGAGUUCGAGGGCUGCGACCGACGCUUCGCCAAUAGCAGCGAUCGCAAGAAGCACAUGCACGUGCACACGAGUGACAAGCCCUAUCUUUGCAAGAUGUGCGACAAAUCCUACACGCACCCCAGCUCGUUGCGCAAACACAUGAAGGUCCACGAAUCCUCCUCGCAGGGCUCGCAACCUUCGCCGGCCGCCAGCUCGGGCUAUGAGUCCUCCACGCCGCCCACCAUCGUGUCUCCGUCCACAGACAACCCGACCACCAGCUCCCUGUCGCCCUCCUCCUCCGCGGUCCACCACACAGCCGGCCACAGCGCGCUCUCUUCCAAUUUUAACGAAUGGUACGUUUAAAAUCAGAAACAAAACACCGAACAAAACCCUAUUUAAGAGACUGAGCACACACACACAUACAAAAUUUUACUGAAAGAACCCUGAGCAUCAAAAGAGUCCCCUCCCCACCCCCUAAUCCUAUUUUUUCUAAACCUGCCGAUAGACCCAGGACCCAGCAAGAGAGAAGCACCAAACCUUUACAUUUUUUUUUUUUUCUUAGUUUGGCAAAGGCUUGGUAGCCAAGGGGUGGGAGGGGGGUGGAGGAGAAGGCGGUCGCCUGACCAAAUGCCGCCAACCUCGAGGGCCAGUUUCUCCUGGGAAUCUGAACAGGCUCUCUGGGAGUCGGCUUUUUUUUUUUCUUUCUUCUUUGCAUUCUUGUAAAUACAGAAUUAUUAGCUUAAAACUGUACUGUUGGAUUCUGUAUAUAGUUAUAUCUUGGUUGGA